GAAUAAGCAAUGCAUCUUUAAAGUCAGUGUACUUAUAUGGCUCCCCAGAUCAGGUCAUCAUGGCAGUCAGAGCCGGACUCGCAUGAGACAAAUCGAAGUGUGUUUUGAAACUUAAACUUUGUUCAAACCGACAGCACUUUAUUGAAAUAGCUUGCUUGUUUCUUUUCUACACAUAGCCAACCUCAAGCCUCGUGUCCCAUCACCACCAUGCCCAUUCGGAUGAAACGCUUGAGUCGAAGUGAUCCAAGCUAUAAAGAUCAUGAGUUCAAGUUCAACCAUUCAUGGUGCCACGAUGAUAAAAGCGCCAAGGUCAAGUCGAUCUACCUAGCUAGUCGAGACGACAUAGACAAGUCUUAUCGGGGACAGCGCUUCUUCGCAUACCUGAACGGCGGGAGCUAUAAGAGGCUGUAUCAUGGUACCUCACGUGCAUGUCACAUCGGAGACUCGGGCAAUGAUCUGAAGCUUUGCUACGACGAUGAGUGUGGUGUAUGCAGUAUUCUAAGACAAUCGUUCAAACUUAGAUAUGCCGAUGAUGAGGGGAUGUUUGGUCCUGGCAUUUACUCUACGCCAAAUUCUUCAAAAGCAGACGUCUACGUGAAGAACCACUAUGUCAGCUCAAACCUUCAUGCUAUGCUUAUUUGCUACGUCGUAGCGAGUAAGCCUCAGCGCAAACUUCUAGCAGACCAUGACAUCACCAGGCCCUCGCGUGGCUUCAACUGUGUUGAGGGGGUUACUAUCGAUAACGGGGGUUCUCUUCAAUACCCAGAGUUUGUUGUCUAUCGGGAAGAUGCGAUUAUUCCGGUUGGACUUAUCAUGUAUACUCGAAAGGGUUGGGAGCCAUUAUGAUUGGUGAUCAGUCAACAUUGGGCUUAGGUGCAUUUGCUUGUCUAGACCUGUACAAGAGCAAUGAAAGGCGUUGGAUAAUCGUGACAAUCGCCAAGCUCAAGCAGAAGUGGGGGUUUUCGCGGAUUCGCCGAGAAAGUAUCAGGGAUCGACAGAAAUGGU